AAAGCCCCGUUUCUGCGGCUCCCCUCUGCUGAGGGUUGAAGGGGUGUUUCUUUGCCUGCGCUGACCUGUAGUGUGGCCUUAGUGUCUUACUUGGACAUCACUGCGGUGGCAAGCUAGCAGUUAAACAGGCCCUCUCCGGGUGCAAUCUCGGGGAAAGUCAGGACUUUAGGAAAAGCGACUAGGUGACAAAGUGUAGGAGAAUUCCGCGAGGGGGCGAGGCUUAAGGCUUCGGCAGCCGCGAGAGGAGGGAUUCCCGAGGGGGCGGGGCUUAGCGUUUUGGCCUUCGUGACUGGAGGAUCCGCGGAGGGUGGGAUCGCGGCUGGCGCGUGUCUAGCUACGCGUGCUGGGCGAGAAUCUUCUGUCUUGUUGGCUGCCUUCGCCAUGGAUUUUCGGUCCGCUCGGAAAGCUGUGCUUCAGCUGCUCGAAACUACGGCUCCCGCAGAUGUCCCUGCACUGCUCGACUGGAUGAGGACUACCCGGGAUUUCGAUGAAUUUACUCAAGAUAACAAUGACAUUAUAUUGAAGAACAUAGCCACUGACCUUCGGGACUGUUUGCCUAUAGAAGCCAUGCUUUGCUCAGAACAUCUAGCCCUUCAGAAAAUACGACAGCAGCCAGAACCCACAGUUCACGUUGAUGCAUUCCUCUAUGAUGAAGACUUUAUUGAUACAUUAUGUGAGGAAGGAAAAGUGAGCAGAAACUACUGUACAGUGUGUGGCUCGCACCGAACAGCGCCUUUGGGAUUUAUUUCUCAUUCCUUCUCCCUCAUGGAGUUGAAGUUCAUUUAUCACCAUGUGCUCCCUGAUCUGUCCGGAAAGGUCUUGGUUGACGUUGGUUCCAGACUUGGCACAGUCCUUUAUGGGGGUUACCUUUACAGCUCAGCAGUGCAGCUCUGUGGGGUAGAGCUGAGUGGAGAGUUUUGCCAAUUGCAGGAAAUGAUCAUAAAGAAAUACCAGUUCGGUGACAGAAUAAAGGUGCUUCAUGCAGACAUCUGUACCCAGAGUUCACUUCUGCAAACCGCCGACGUCAUUGUAAUGAAUAAUGUCUUUGAAUAUUUUCUUCCUGAGGCUCAGCAGGCCAGUGCCUGGAGCUUUAUCAUCCAUAAUGUAAAAAAACAAGGAUCAUUAUUAGUGACAGUACCAAGUCUCCAAGAUUCUCUCAUGGGUCUAGAGAUUAACAUGCAGCUGUCCUCCUGGGUGGAAGAGAUACCUCUGAACUUCGAUGUGUAUGCACAAAGGGACAUUGACCAAGAAGCUCUUCAACAAAUUCAUUUAUAUAAGGUUCUCUAGCACCAAAGCAACCUAGGGUGCUACCUUAACCACAAGCUCUGUGUAUUCCUUUCGCCCUUUGUGUGCCUGACUAUGUGCCAGUAGAUCACUCUGUGUGACUGCACAUACGGUAGUUGUAUGUGGACAUAAAUAAACUGUAUAAUAAGAUAAUUAAAA